AACAAGUAGGAAAUCUGAAAGAGACGUAUGACCAUCGACUCAUGCUUAAGCACCUUCCGUCAGAGUUUAGUACUUUCCUGGAUCAUAUCUUGACCUUGGACUACUACACUAAGCCUGACUAUCAGCUCCUGAUGUCAGUGUUUGAGAAUGCUAUGAAGAGCCACAACGUGCUGGAGAAUGAUGCCUACGACUGGGAGAAAUGUGAUUCAGAGGAUAUGCUGACCAUCACUGCCACAGCAACCACUGCUCAGCAGCUCACUCGCCUCACACCAGCGUACUUGGGCAUGGCCAACGCUUCUGUGCUGCCGGGCGAGCUGCAGAGGGAAAACACUGAGGAUGUCCUGCAAGGGGAGCGCCUUAGUGAUGCUGACAACUGCCCACCAAUCCCCACACCGACCACCCCUGGUGCAGAUGUGUGGGAAGAGAUGGACCGCAACCGAAACCAUAAACCUGGCCAGCCGAUGAUCAGGAAGGUGGUGAGUGAGGAUGAACACAGUCAGAACCAGGGGAACCAGAGCCCCAACACCGGCUCCAUGCAGAGCUCUCCUAGACGGGUGCGAUCAGAGACCAUGUUCUUGGACAGGGCUGCGCCUCUGCUCCGGAGGAUAAGACACAGUCAGAGCCUAGCAUUUGAAAAAAGGCUCGCACCUGAACCCAAGCCCACCAUCGAACGCUUCCUUGAAGCCUACUUGGGCAAACAGCGUCCUGUCCUUUCUCAAGUUGGAGAGAAAUGCAUUCCUGAGAGGGUACACGAGCAGCAGUCGCCUUCCUGCAACGAGGAACACUCUGCAACGGCAACCCAUGACCCAGAGGAGGGCGCAGCGAGCAGUGGCUUUGUAGCCGUAAACCUCAGUCCUGUGCCCCAGGAGGGAGACUCUCAGGAGUGGGUGAUGCUGGAGCUGGAGCAAGGCAGCGGCUCUGGAGCCACCAAGCCUGCAGGUGAGGCCCUGCAUGAGGACAAGCCCGCUGAGGCUGAGAACCAGUCCUCUGAGCCGCAGGAUGGCCAGUCCACAACAGUGCCAAGCAGCCCUGUACUGUCGCAGAUGGCCAUGCCCGGCACGUGGUUACUGGGCCACAGGAGACUGCCGGGGAUGCUGGGACAAAUGCCCUCAGUCAUUAUGGGAAGAACCCAGAUGGACCAGGUAGGGUUGACCAAGAAUUGUUGUGCAUGAACUGAAGGCAGCAUUGCGAAAUAAAAGUAAUUACCAGUUGAAAUUACUAUCCAAACUCAA